AUGGGUGGAUUUGCUAUAAAAUAUCCGGAAAAAAGUAUCGAUUUAAAGGGUAAAGAGCCACAGCAGUCACACGAAAAUGUGAGAGAUUGGAAUUAUCACAGAGCACAGACAAGAGAUGAAGAGUCUAUCCAGCAAUCGCGAUUCGAUAUCCAGAGCAGAUUGGAAGGGAACAGAAAGGGUGAAUUUGAUGAAACACCUCGCAAUCCAAACAUAGACGGCCAGCCCUGUCCCGUUGGGGAGCAAGAAGAUAUAGAACCGAGUACGCUGCCGUUGGAGCCAUCGAAAUACAAAAAUCUCCAUGCAGUGGAUGUCCAACGUAUGCUCUAUCUUCUUGAAUUGAAUUUCAUAGAGCUACCACGCAUACUUCCCGAAGAAAUUGACGAUCGCUCCAAAUCAGACCCGUUUGUGCGUAUCAUUGCUGUUAGUCAGAUCUUAUGGGUUCUAUUGCAGAUAAUUGCACGCGCCGCCAAGGGUCUCGCAGUGACUCAAUUAGAAGUGACAGUUCUUGCAUUCGCAGGCUGCGCAGUGGGGAUGUAUGCGUUGAACUGGUAUAAACCUAAAGGUGUUUCUCUUCCGUGCAUUAUCCAUUGCAAAAGACCACGAGAGGAAGUUGAGAAGGAAAUGAAGCGUAAAUUCUUUCGAGACGCAGAUGAAAUUCGGCAAGGAGUUGUGAUUACUAUCUUGAAGGACUUGAUUCCCACGGGAAAAGGCGAUUCACGAAUUCAUAACACAUUCAGCAACGAGGAUACCGGCUGGCACACCGACUGGGUAGUGAUUAUCGGAAGCAUAGCAUUUGGUGCCGUACAUCUCAUUGCUUGGGAUUUUCAUUUUCCAACUCGAAUUGAGAAGAUCCUUUGGUGGACCUCGGCCUCAUUGUGUUCUUGCUGUGUCCCAGUGUUGGGGCUCUUGACAUAUAUUCUCAACGGGAUGCUUGACUUUGACCAGGAACUUGUGAACAGGGCAGAGGACAAUGUUUUACAAGAGAGGAAGGGACUUGCGGUCCUUGAACGGUGGAGUCUCGAGGCCUCCGUAAUAUUUAUGGUUAUUGUUAGUGUCGUACUUGCCGGGAUUUGGAUACUUUUAGCAAUUGCUUAUAUUGUUGCCAGAUUUUACAUCUUUGUCGAGAUUUUCAGAACACUUUGUUUUCUACCUCCUGAUGCUUAUGUGGGAACUUGGGCUGCAAAUCUUCCCGGUCUUGUUUGA